CAGUGGUUCACCAAAAACUGGAUUUGGACAAAAAUGAAAGUAUGAGAUACAAUCGACCCAUGUUUGACAUGGAGCCAGAGGAUGGGAGCUUUAGAAAAGAGGAACCUGAGGAGGAAAGAGUUGUUGCAGGACAGGUUAAUGAUUAUGGUGAGGAGGAGAGGGAGAAGGAGACAGAGGACAUUAGAUUAGUGACACAUGGAUAUGAUAAAACAGAGGCUCUGAUAGGUGAGGCAGAGAUUUGCAAAAUGGCUCCGUUUGAGGUAGACACUGACAGAGGGCUUUCUGUAAAAUGUGUACAAGUGAGUGAGAAGAUAGAAGUAGACGAGGAGGAGGAAAGAGAGAGUUUGGCAUCAGAUGAGAAAGGGCAGAAUGGAAACUUAGGGAAAGACAAAGGGGAAGAGGGUAAUAAUAUGAAGGAAAAGAGAGGAAAUCCACACACCGCUGUGACCUUAGUGGGGUACGGGUUCGGAGUAAAUGAAAAAAUACAAACUAAUGAGGGUGUGAAUGAAGUCCGAGCUGUGACUGUAGCUAGAACUCACACACAAGUAGAAAAUGACAGGAAAGACUCUGGCUCCAAAGCGGAGGAUUCAAUCAGGAACUGCGAUGUAGAUAAAACAGAGGCGUCCACUGACAAAGACACAAAUUCAAUGGAUUCGGAGGCAGUUACAAGAGAAGAGGAAGAGGACAGGGGACUGACGAUUAAGAAAUACAAACUCACCGAUAAGAAGACAAUGACGAUAGAACAUCUGGGGGGAACUACUCCAAACAAUGACCCUGAUGGAAGUGUUAACAUUCAUGCUGGGGAUAGCAGUUGGACCUCUAACUCAGUCAGCAGCGAGGGAGGAUUCAUUCUUCAGUCUUCACCCGCCUCUUGUGACAUAACCCCAUUAGAGCUGGAAAUGCUCUUGGUCUUCUGGAUGCUGCUCUACUGCUGCUUCAUCCUACCUCAAAUGAACCUCGGAGCCCCCCUGCUGUAAAACCCUCCUUAUUCAGAUAUGCUUAUUAGCCCAGUUCUCACUAAUGAGCCAAACAGGGACACUUAAGGCUGUGUUGACUCUUUAUCUGUGUCGCUAAAUUUCCCUCCAGGCAACAUUUAAUGAUUAGGUUUGCCUCUCUCUGCCAGCAGAUGUAAUUUGUCAUUGGGGCUAUAGUUUCAGAUAAACCCUAACACUGUUUUCUAUUGUUAAACAGAUUUUCAGCUGCCAGCUCCUA